AUGACAACAUGUGCUGAGCAACUUCCAACUGAAAUCUGGUUGAUGAUUUUUCGUUAUUUCGAAGUUCAUUACAUAGUCCAAGCUUUUCACUCACUCAAUUCCUAUUUCAACAAAAUUCUCUCGUCAAAUCAUCUUUCAUUCUAUCUUCGAUUGAAACAAGCAGAUUUAACUGACCCUUUAUUCGUUAAAUCAAUAUUUCAUCGUACACGAUAUCUCGAAUGUUCUAUUCGACUUCGAAUUCUUGUUACUCUUCAAUUUCUUCAGUCAUAUUCUCAUCAAUUACUUCAACUACGAAAACUAUCAAUUCAUAUAUGUCGUGCAGGUGAAUGUUACACGUCCACAAUUUGUCAACUUCUCAAACAAAUUCCUCAUUUAGAACAUUUGUCUUUGUUUUGUGCACUAGACAAAACAUCUUUCGAAUCAAUUCUUACGAUUCCAACAUUAAAAACGUGUCAUCUUGUCUUACAAGUCUCCAGAUCAUUACCUGAUCAAUUAUUUACUAUUAAUCAUAGUAUUAGAAAACUUCAUGUUUUGUUUCUUGGUAGUCUCGAUAAUCAACUGAUUUAUUGCCUUUUGAGACAUAUGCCAGAGGUACGACAAGUGAAAAUCUUUGGUUCAAAUUAUAGUUUUGGUAUUCAAACAGUUUUUAAUGAACGAUUGUUUACUCUUUCGAAUCUUCGUUAUUUGAAAGUGAAAUUCUCCAAUGGAAAUUUCAAUAAAGAUUGUUUUACAGAAUUGCAUUCCAUAAUGCCUUGUCUAAGAUAUUUUCAAUUCGAUUAUUCCAAACAUAUUUUAUCCCAAUCAUUCAUUGACAUUUUUCUCUCUUCAUGGUGGCCAAUUAUCGAACAGAUUCCUUACAUUCGUAUUAAUAUCAAAGGUCAUUUAACAAUGGAAUCAAAUGAUGAUAAUAUUCAGAUUAAUAUUGGAGAAUAUCGACAAAAAUUCUUGCAGCGAGUGACGCAAUCCAAUAAGACUACGAAUGUCACAUGGACUGAUAGAGAUUAUCAUACUUUGACGUAUAUUGAGAUUUUAAUUGAUAAUUUUUCAUUAAAGAAAAUAUAG